AUGCAAAUAUCUCAUGCCAUGCAUCAUCUCAUGCCAUGCAUCAUCUCAUGCCAUGCAUCAUCUCAUGCCAUGCAUCAUCUCAUGCCAUGCAUCGUCCCAUGCCAUGCAUCGUCCCAUUCCAUGCAUCGUCCCAUUCCAUGCAUCAUCUCAUGCCAUGCAUCAUCCCAUGCCAUGCAACAUGCCAUGCCAUGGCAUGCAACGCAUCAGGAGGCAAGUCUGUGCGAGGUGGCAGCAGAGGUGGUGGGCGAGAUGGCCAGCCGCCACGAGUCCCUACUCCCGGCCAUCACCCCCCGCCUCCUCUCCUCCUUCUCCCAAGCGGCCGCCACCCACCCCGACGCCUUCCCUCCCCUCGCCUCGCCACCCCCUAACGCCACUGCUGCUCUGCCUACAUCACAACUCUCCAGUGCUUCUGGCAAGAGCAGUGUGGAUGAGGAGGAGCGAGAGAGGCUGGUGGCUGCUUUCGCGUCGGCAAUAGCUGACGUUGGCCUGGCGGGCCCGGCGCAGAUGCUGCUCUCGCCUCACCUGCGCGACCCCUUCGCCACCGCAGCCUUAAGGUGUGCGUCUUUCCGCUCCUCCGAUCAUCGAAUCGCCAUCUCUCUUCUGCCGCUCUGGUCAGGCUGGAGUGAGUUCGUGUCUUCCCGUCUCAGUCCGUCAUCACCCUCGUCGCCGGCUCUAUCACCCCAGGAUGGAGCAGCCGUGCAGGCCAUUCUGCUAGCCGCCCUGCCCCUGUGCCUCUCGCAUGCCAAGCUCAGAACAGCCAGUCCAGGAAGCAGAAUGACCAGGGCGCAACAGGAGGAGGAAGAGGAGGAUGAGGAUGAGGCAGAGGCAGCAGCAGAGGACUACCGGGAGCAGCUGGAGGAGACACUGGUGGACGUCAUGAGAGCAGUGGGAGCAGCAAAUUUCCUCUCCUGUUCGGCACCGAUUUUGCUUGCCUCUCCGCCGCCCCAACCCCACCAACUGCUUGCUGACGCUCCGGCACUGGAGCUCCAGCUCUUCGCCUCGCAGGCCGUUGGCCAGGUGGCGGAUUCUGAUAGGCCGGAGGACGUGGCAUGGGCGUGUCAGGUGCUCACAGCAGUGGCUGCCGUCGCUGCUGCUGUUGCUACAGCAUCCCAGUCGGCCGUUCCUCCCCGGUUACAACCGUGGGUGCAUCGAGCAGUAGCAGCCAAUGCGUUGGCGUAUCUCUCCUUCCUCCCUCGCGUUCCGCCCAUCGUUCCUGCCUUGCUGCAAUCCCUCUCGCAGGGGCUGCUGCCCCCCACAUCGCAGCAAGCAGGCCCGGCAGGAGCCACGCCCACGCCUGCGACUGGUGGCUGUGGGCGAGGUGAGCGUGUAGCGUAUGAACCCAUUGCUUUUGUGUGUGCUGCUGCGCUCUGCGCCCUGUGUGAGGCACACAAUUCCGAUGAUUCACCACCUGCUGCUGCUGCAGCUGCUGCUGCAUCAGCGUCUGUGAACGAGGGCUUGGCGGCGCAGCUGGUGGCUGUGGGCGAGUCUCUCUUUCUCCGUCCCUCCGGGUCCCCCACGACUCCAUUAUUCCCUCUCCCUCUACCUUCUACCUACACAUCCUCCCUCCACCUCUUCCCUCCACCUCCUCCCUCCACCUCCUCUCUCGACCUCCUCCCUCCACCUCCUCUCUCGACCUCCUCCCUCCACCUCCUCUCUCGACCUCUUCCCUCCACCUCCUCCCCCCACCCCGUGCAGAGCCUACACCUGGCGCGGCUACAGCCGAAGCAGGAGGCUGACGUGAUCACAGCAGUGGCCUCCGCUGUCUCCUCCCUGCCGCCGUCCCACCUGCUGCUCGCACUGCAGCGCCUUCUGCAACCCAUCCUUGCAACCCUGCACGCCUUCUCCGCGUUCCUCCUCCCCCUCCCCUCCUCUUCUUCUUCCCCCACUCUCGACCGUGAUGCCCUGACCACUGCGGUGGCUGCUGCCGCCCACUGCCUCGCUCCACUCGCCACGCUCUCAGGUCCAUCCUUCCUCCCCUGCACCGACUCCGCUCUCACCUCUCUCCAAUCCGCCUUCUCUGCAUCCGGCCCACCACCCGCCCCCCUCUCCCUCUCCGCCUGCCCGCCCAUCCUCCGGACCACCGAAACCCUCCUCUCCCUCCAACCGCAACCGCCCACCUCCACGGAUCAGCUCCAGCUCAGCACGGCCCGCGCCACGUCAGCGCUGAUGUCCUUCGUGUCAGCACCUGCCAGCGUGGCACUCAAGGGCCCCAAGGGAGCAGAGCAGCAACCAGAGCUUACUGAAGCUCUGCUGCACUUUGCAACGUUUCUGCUUGGCCACGUGCCUCCCACUCUCCUGGCAUCAGACCCCUCGUCACCCGUGCUCCCACCGCUCUCCCACCUGCUACAAGUCGCAGCUCCUGGCUGCACAGCCGCACACAGGGGGGUCUCAGCCUCCUCCUUCGCCUUCAUCUCAGCCCUGAUGACAGCAGCGAUACAGCAGGCUGGGGCUCUCUCGUUACAGGCACACUCACAGUCACAGCCACAGGCACAGCAGGGGGUGGGGUUGCCUCCCCUGGUGCAGCUGUGCACGGCACACGGCACUCUACUCUCCCACACACCUGUUGCUGCCCUGCUGGGGCCAAGCGCUGUUUCACGGGUGCACAAGUGUGUGAGUCUGCUGCAGCAACUCUUCCACGUGUGCUGCUGUGCAGCUCGAGCAGGCGGUUCCCCUCAGCCACAGGGAAGCAUGCCUGGGUCAGCAGAAGCUGAAGCAGCAGCAGCAGCGGCAGCGGUACAGGCAGCACUAGCCCCGAUGCACCAAUGGCUCGUGGCAGCGUUAUCCGCUCUGCCGCCUGGCUUCCUGAGAGCAGGGGAGGCAGAGGCGGUGCUCCCUGCAUGGCUCACUCAGCUUGCUUCUUCUCGUCCGCCUCUCGCCGGUUCGUCAUCCGAGGUUGAAUGGGGUAACACCCGCAUGCUGAGACGGCUGCUGCGUAGCUUUGCAGAUUCACACAGGCACACCGCCGUUGGCGCCUGA